UGAAUCCGCCGCAGCCGUAGUGGGCGGUGAGGCGGAGGAGCAGUUUGAACAGAGUCGCUGUUGCCUAGGCGGAAACAUUAAAAUCCAAAUAACUUUUUACAAGCAGGCUGACACCAAACGGUGCGACUGUCCCUCAUAGACGCACAGCUUCUGUGUCCUAACCAGCCUUGGAGCGAAGGAGCCGGUUUGAGUUAUUUUAUUUGCCGGCUCUGGGUGCGUGAAGCCGGGUGUCGCGCGAACUCGGUCGCUCCCUCCUCCUGAGUUAAACUGCUAGCUAGCCACCGAGCUAACGUUACAGCUAGCCGUAAUACGGAGCGAGCUAAUCUGCAGCACAAAGGACGACUUUGCCCGUGUUUGUCGCAUCGAUCCGGAUCGCUCCGUUGGAUGAGGCCAGAGGCUCGGGUGGAGGUGAAUCAUGGUGCUGACUGGGAAGCGUUCGGAGAAAGGCCCCGCCUGCUGGAAGAGGAGGGUAAAGUCUGAGUACAUGAGGCUUCGGCAGCUGAAACGCUUCAGACGGGCCGACGAGGUCAAGAGCAUGUUCAACAGCAACCGUCAGAAAAUCAUGGAGCGAACUGACAUUUUGAACCAGGAGUGGAAAACCCGGCGAAUCCAGCCCGUUCACAUCAUGACGUCGGUCAGCUCCUUACGAGGGACUCGAGAGUGCACCGUGGAGAGCGGCUUCUCUGAGUUCCCUCGACAGGUCAUCCCCCUGAAGACUCUGAACGCCGUGGCCUCGGUCCCGGUCAUGUACUCCUGGUCGCCGCUACAGCAAAACUUCAUGGUGGAGGAUGAGACGGUGCUCCAUAACAUUCCCUACAUGGGAGACGAGAUCCUCGACCAGGACGGGACUUUCAUUGAAGAGCUCAUCAAGAACUAUGAUGGCAAAGUCCAUGGAGACAGAGAGUGUGGCUUCAUCAACGACGAGAUCUUCGUGGAGUUGGUCAACGCUCUGGCACAGUACAGUGACAACGAGGAUGAUGACGAGGAGGAAGAGCAGGACUUUAAAGUGGACAAGAUGGACAUGUGUGAUGGCAAAGAGCACCCAGAGGACCCCCGCAAGGACGGGCUUGUUAACAAUGAGAGCCGAACCAACAAUGACACCAGCAAGAAGUUUCCCUCUGACAAGAUUUUUGAGGCCAUCUCCUCCAUGUUCCCCGACAAGGGCUCCCCCGAGGAGCUCAAAGAAAAGUACAAGGAGCUGACUGAGCAGCAGCUGCCCGGCGCUCUGCCGCCCGAAUGCACGCCGAACAUCGACGGUCCGAACGCUCGCUCCGUGCAGCGCGAGCAGAGCCUGCACUCCUUCCACACUCUGUUCUGCAGACGAUGCUUCAAAUACGACUGCUUCCUCCACCCUUUCCAUGCAACUCCGAACACGUACAAGCGGAAGAACUUGGAGAACCUGGUGGACAAAACCCCGUGUGGCGUUGACUGCUACAUGGACCUGGUGCAGGACGGCGUGAUGAGGGAGUACGCCACAGGCGUGGGAACCGAGAGGGCAAAGACGCCCUCCAAGCGUAACGGGGGCCGGCGCCGCGGUCGGCUGCCCAACAGCAACAGUAACAGCCGGCCCAGCACCCCCACGGUGUCCUCUGAAACCAAAGACACGGACAGCGACCGCGAGGGCAGCAAAGAGGACGAGCGAGACAACGACAAAGACGACGAGGACAAGAAGGACGAGACCACCAGCAGCUCAGAGGGAAACUCGCGGUGUCAGACUCCAGUGAAGAUGAAGCUGUCCAGUGAGGCUGAAGCGGUGGAGUGGAGCGGGGCUGAAGCGUCUCUCUUCAGGGUCCUCAUCGGGACAUACUACGACAACUACUGCGCCAUCGCGCGGCUUAUAGGCACCAAGACCUGCAGACAGGUUUACGAGUUCAGGGUCAAGGAGUCGGCCAUCAUUGCUCGCGCUCCCGCUGAAGACGAGGACACGCCACCGAGGAAGAAGAAGAGGAAGCACAGACUGUGGGCUACUCACUGCCGCAAGAUCCAGCUGAAGAAAGAUGGCUCAUCCAAUCACGUGUAUAACUACCAGCCAUGUGACCACCCCCGGCAGCCCUGUGACUCCUCGUGUCCCUGCGUCACCGCUCAAAACUUCUGUGAGAAGUUCUGCCAGUGCAGCUCAGAGUGUCAGAACCGCUUCCCGGGCUGCCGCUGCAAAGCUCAGUGUAACACCAAGCAGUGCCCCUGCUACCUGGCAGUGAGGGAGUGCGACCCCGACCUCUGCCUGACCUGUGGCGCCGCCGACCACUGGGACAGCAAGAACGUGUCCUGCAAGAACUGCUCCAUCCAGAGAGGUGCCAAGAAGCACCUCCUGCUCGCUCCGUCAGACGUGGCCGGCUGGGGCAUCUUCAUCAAAGAGCCGGUGCAGAAGAACGAGUUCAUUUCAGAGUACUGUGGAGAGAUCAUCUCUCAGGACGAAGCCGACCGCAGAGGGAAAGUCUACGACAAAUACAUGUGCAGCUUCCUGUUCAACCUGAACAACGACUUUGUUGUUGAUGCCACGAGGAAAGGCAACAAGAUUCGCUUCGCCAACCACUCGGUGAACCCAAACUGCUAUGCAAAAGUGAUGAUGGUGAACGGCGAUCACAGGAUCGGGAUCUUUGCCAAGAGAGCCAUCCAGACCGGAGAGGAGCUCUUCUUCGACUACAGGUACAGCCAGGCCGACGCUCUGAAGUACGUCGGGAUCGAGCGGGAGAUGGAGAUCGCCUGACCGGGACUUCCUGUGUUUUUCAGCGACACAAAGGCCUUACACACACAAACAAACAAACAAAAAAACCACACCCUCACUUUCAGGAAACUCAGACGAUUUGUCACAACGCCACAAAAGCUUCAGGAAAAACAACCCGGGGAUAUUUGAAGCUGAUUUUUGUCGUUGUUGUUGUUGUUUUUGAGAAACUUUUCAUGUUUUCUAUCUUAUCCUUUGAUUUGUCGACAAAUCUUCCUCUUUGGAUUCAUAAAUCUUCCCUCUGCUGAAAGCGCACCGACAAAAAAUAUAUAAAUAUCUCUUAUCUGUCUUAUCUUUGAGUAAAAAUGUUCUGCAGCGAGAGGAGAAAAAAGCCCGACUGUGUUUUUAAAAGUUGUCAGUUCAAGCUUCAGGGACCAAAAUCCUCCACCAGCCACUUUCACACCGCCGACCAGACUGUUUGUACUCCUCGUGUGUGUGCAUGUGUGUGUGCUGAACCUGUCGCUCACUCCUCAGUGCCGCUUCACUGUCUGUCUGUAAAUCUGGAGGUCGUUCACGAAGCAGCGUCACACUGAAACCAGCUCUGACUGUAAAAAACAAAGUCAAUAAACAACAGGAAUAUUUUAAGAAUAAAAGAAGCUGUACGUUAAAGAUGGACAUGGCUUUAGUCAAGCUGACUGCUGGGUCUGUUAUCAGGCUGCAGGUGUACAGACAGAUAACUGCUGGCUAACAGUUACUGCUAACAGCACAAACGGAGCUCAGAGGCUCAGAUUAGCAGUUAGCGUUUAACACAGGUGAGUGUGGAGUGGGGCAUGUAACUCAUUCUCACUGGUUUCACUGGUCUGAUGUUGGGAAAUGCUCAGAUCAGAUGUCACCCUCCAGGAGAGAUGAGUCAGUCCUGCUGUGAUCUCCACUCGAGGCUCCAAAAGUGAGUCGGUCCUUUUGUUUAACUCGCCUGUUUGGAUUUUCUUUAGGGUUAAAAUUUGGGGGUUUGGCUUAUUUAGCAGGUGAGCGUGUAUUUGAAGUUUCUCACCUGGACCUCUGGAUCAUGUUUGUGUGUUUUGGAGCUUUUCUAAUGCAGUUAAAACAUCUUUCUGUGGCUGAACUGAAGAUAUUGGUGCUCUUGGCAUUAAUUAGCAGGUAUCUGUCUUAAGCGCAGGUUUGAGUCGGGGCUCAAAAUACCUGCCACACUGCUGGACACACCCACUGCAGUAUUCUCCUGAACAGCAGGUGUCGCUACUCUGACAAAACCUCCCAGUCGUGCUCUCAAAUCCUCAGCCUGUCCCUCACAGUACUGAUGUAUUUUCAAUAUGAUGAUUAAAAACUGACAACUGUUUAUUCGUGUCCUUAACCUGCUGCUGGUGUAGCGACACCUGUCGUCCAGGACAACACCUCGGCGACUUCCUGCACUGUGGCAAGCAUAGAUUGGUGUGGCUUUGUGGUGCUGCGGUGGCGUGCAAAGCGACCACUGUGGACGGUGUACUGACUGUGUCACAGCCGGGCUCUCCAUCAGGGGUCGAUCUGGUGCUAACACAUUCAUUUUGUCAAAGGGAACAAAACUAACGAGCCGAAACAAACACGGAUCACUGGUGCGUCGCCACGCUGUAGACCGAGGGACUCGAACUCAUUUAAAGUCCAGAUUGUCCCACUUUGUUCAGAUUCAGACGUUUAUGUGCAUGUUUACUAAACCAGUCGGUGAUAAAAGUGAUGGGACGCCUUUCUGUAAAGCUGACGUCUCCACAUUAAAACCAACGUCUACGCGCUGCCUUCAGAAACGACUGUACAGAAAAACAAAAACGGGCAGUUCUGAUAUUUAAUGUUUGAUCUGUAGAGAAAAACAGGAUUUCUUUGUAGUUCAGUGGUUUGUGUGUUAGUUACUUUAGUGUAAGUAAUGAAAAGGCCGUGGGUGAGAUCUUCAUCAGGAGGCCGAUGAACUGAUGAAGAUUCAGGUGAAACUGAUAGUUUAGGCUCUCGUGAUGUGAUCCAUCCCUACAGAUGUCCUGCAGCGUGUCGUAGAGUCGCUCUUGUGGUUUUUCUUGUGCUGAAUUUGCUCCAAACUAAUCCCCGGCCUCGUUUUCUAUCAAAGUCUCCGAUUCCUCUGGCAGUGUGACUCCGACACAUCGCGACAUGGAACACGCGGUUCGGCGUCGACCUCGAGCUGGACGUGACUCUGCUUUGUGACGCCGCCUCUGCUUCAGGUGCUUACGUGAAAACUAAGCCAGCACGCUUUCCUUCAGCCGGACACUCGACCGCAGCCGCCGGGCCAGCCUUUCAAAUCUAGGCGGAGACUCAGUUUAACGUCCGAGUGCUUUUUGACUCGACCAAACUGCUCACGUCUGUCCGCCUGGUCGGGUUUCCCAGCAUCCUCAGCAGCGUGCUGAGAUUCAUCUAAUCAGGAAACGGGUCUUUUUGUUUUUUCUAUUUGACUUACGCACAUUUAAUCAAAGUUUUCCCAGCAUCCUCUCUGCCUCCUUUGAAGCCUUUUACGUCAGUCAGAGACAGUUUUCUAUCUUAUGUAUACCACCUUUAACUUAAAGAUUUCAUCACAGCGCUAACGAGCCGUCAGUGUUUUUGUUGUUUCGAGUUGAAGCUGAGUUCAGCCACAGUCUGAGACCUCUGGUUUAAUUCAUCUCGGUUUGAUUCUGUCGGGCAGGUUUGUUGACCUGUAGCAAAAGAUCAAAUUCAUAUUUACAACUUAUAAAAAAAUGACUGAAAGCUGAAAAACUCUCCUUCCUCUGCACUCUCCCUGGUCAUUCCUCCUCCUCUUCCUCCACAAUGUGAAUCUUCUCUUGUGGGAAUUCUGGUGCUCGGAAAGACCCCAAAGUCUGACCAACUCGUAGCAAUACCAGCCUCCCUCCUCCUCCACCUUCCUUUUCUGCACCUGUAAUUUAUUACAAACGUCACAGAGACCGAAGUGUCGUCUGUAGUCGUCGGGAGACUUCAGGGCCUCUGAAACCUGGUGCUUCACUCGCAGGUUCCCACGUCGAUCUGUGCAGGAACCUUUUGUGUUUUUUACUUUUACUGCUGAUCCAGAUGUUUGUAGCAGCUGCUUUCUAAUCAAUGAACAGAUGUGUAAAGGCUGCUGUGACUGGAGGGCUGAGGAGCGUCUCUGAACACGGAGGAGAUUGGGCAGCAGUGCUCCUCGGCCCUCCCCGAACUGAAAGCUGCAGGUGUAUUUUCUUUUCUUCUUCCUGUCAGCAGGACCACGUCUCUCCUCUGAUCACACAGGUGCUGAUUUUUGUAAUGUUUACAGGGAUUUUUGUUGUUCAAAGUGUUGCAGAUUAAAAUAUUAUAAACUGUU